AUGCUGUCAGCAGAGAGCUGGCGGAGUUCAGGAAAAUCCAGCAAGAAGGAGCAGCGACUGCAGGUGAUGGAUACAGCUGUAGCUAAGACUGACCGGACUGGCUGGUUCAAGCGGACUGGCUGGCUGGAGCACUUGGCAGGUUGCCAUCUUGCGCAUCUUGCACAUCAGACCCGGCUGCCCAAUCGAAGCGAAGUGAAGCUGCAACUGGCUGCUGAGCUGGUGGAGAAGCUUGUGGAGAGGAGCGUACAAGGGCUGCUAACGCUGGACCGAGAGUCCAGACGCUGGCUGCGGAGCGCACGACAGGAAGACCCAGACACACGGCCAUUUGCUCGACUGCAGAACCCAGAGAGUCAGGCGCGGUACGCAGGCUACAUGGUCAGGUUUGUGUGCUACUUUCUGCGCAUUGUAGUCGAUGGCGUAGCUCAGGAGGAGAAGGAUCGAGACAGUGACUGGAGCAGCGUGUACCCAAGCAGCACCAUGCACAGCUUGAGGUCAGGCAGGCCAUGCAGGUUAGGCAGAACAGAAGAUGCUGCCAUAAGCAACAGCAGCAGUUGUCCGCAGCGCAGGAACAAGGUUGACAACAUGAAGGAUGCGCACAAGCUGUUCAGCUGGCAGGGCUCGCAACGCUUAUGGGCGACGCAGCUGUGGGACGCGUUGGAUGGCAACGAUGAGGAUGCUCAGAUGCAGGCGCUGCUUGAUGCGCUCACGUCGUUCUUCUUUGCUUCAACGCAAGGCAGGCCGUUCAGCAGUGGACUCGUUCACUUUCUUGCAGUGCUAGGGAUUGACGUGGAAAUGAACCGCUUGCGUACAGCAAAGAAGUACUCGUAUAUGCUUGCUGGCAUAGUGUACUGCAUGCGAGUGCUUAGUGUAGAGAAGCUGCUGCCGUCUGCGUACCGUGACAAGCAGACAGAUGCUGAUCGCAACAAGUUCUUGCAGACGAGAAAGCAGUAUCUGGCUGAUGGCUCGUACAGUACAAUGAGCGAGGCAAUCAACAUGCUGGCAUACGGAAAGCACGUUGCGCUAGAGGCAGGGAAUGCAGGCAACACGUACUGGUCAAAGGACAAGAGCGUCUUCUACUUGCGUGGUCAGCUAAUACACAUUAGUAGCUUCCGCAAGAUGGCACAGGACGUAGUCGCUGAGGUGGAGCAAAUGCUGUGGCAGGAGCUAUGCUGGGUGAGCAGGAAAGAUGAUUGGUUUGCAGUGAAACUGGGGCAGAUUGUUGAUGAUGUCUCAUUCACAAUGCACCGCUAUUCGUUCAUCAACCGGCAGGAGAACGGACUUGCCAGCGGGCUGCAGUGGAUGCUCACUCAGGCAAAACAGACAGAACAGGGUCGUGCACUGUAUGCAAGCAAUGGCAGGUGGGACGUGAAGCAGAUCAAGCAGUACUUGCGUUGUGUAGACCGCUUUCUAGCACUGUUGCUGUCGCAGUGGGACAAGCCAAAGGUGGUGCCGCGCUUCUUGCCGCCGCAGCUGGGACAGGUCAUGGUUGUAUAUCUGGCGUACGUGCGGCCGUUUCGAGAGUACUUGAUGGUGAAGGUGCUUGGUGGCAACUUCAGCGACUACGUGUGGGUGGAUGAGCAUGGCCCAUGGGACACAGAUCGACUGACGCGAGCGCUGAAGCGAGAGACAGGCAAGAGGCUUGGGGUGGAGCUGAACACACUGGACUACCGGCACAAGUCUGUUGGUAUUGGGAGGGAGAAGGUUGGCCAGUCGUUUGGCAAGGGCUAUCAGGAUGAGGUGGGCGAGGUGGAAGAGGCCGAGGUGGAUGAGGAUUUGAUUGAGCUACAGAACGCGCGGACGACAAGCAUGGGUGUAGGAAACUACAGCGUGCCGAUUGACAUUGUCAAGCAUCUCAGCGCGCGCUCGAUCGAAGCGUUCCGCGUGCUCAGCGAUGCAUGGCACCGAUUCUUGGGCCUGGACAGGUCAGGGGCAGAGCAGCAGGAGAUGCAGACAGCGGGCGCGAGCACAGACGAAGCGAGACAAGGCAGGAAACGGCGAGAGGGCAGUCACGACGAAGAGCAUCAAGGCGUCAAGGGAGAGCCAAGGGCGCUCAUGCAGCAGCAAAAGCCGUUCCGUGUCAGCAAUGUGAAGGAGACGGCAAUUCACAGGGCAAUGCGGCAGGUACUCGGUCAGGAGGAUGUUGGCUUUCGGUCAAUGGAGCAGGAACAGGCACUGCACGCUGUGCUGGACAGGCAUACGCCACUGGUGGUUGUGCUGCCGACGGGCGGAGGGAAGAGCUUGUUGUUCAUGGUACCAGCUUGCUUGGUAGACGCUGGGGUGACGGUGGUCGUGGUGCCGUAUCAAGCGCUGAUUGAGGAUCUGGUGAGUCGGGUACAGAGGUGUGGCAUCGACUGCAUCGAGUGGAGGCACGGCAAGACCAACCCAGCAAGCGUGGUCGUAGUCAGCGCAGAUGUGGCUGGUGACACUGACAGCAACGGGAACUUUCUUGGUUACGCACGCAUGCUUGACAGCAAAGGACUGCUGCGGUGGGUGGUAGUCGAUGAGUGUCACUUGACGUUCACAUCAAGCCACUGGCGGCCAAAGCUGGCAGCGUUGAAGAAUCUGCGGUCACUGCCGUGUCCAAUCGUGCUGCUCAUGGCGACGCUGCUGCCAGCACGGCAAGGUGAGCUGGAAGCAAGCAUGCUGCUUCCGUGCGCUGAGUAUGUGCGGGCAAGCACUGUACGGCCAAACACCUGCUACUACGUGUUGUGGUGUCGACGUGGAGAGAAGAAGGAGAUGGCGUUGAUGAUGUGCCGGCAGCAGCAGCAGCAGCUCAGGGAGAAGGGGCUCAAGGGGGUUGUGUACUGUCACAGCAAGGCGGUGUGCGAGCAGAUGGCGGAGAUGUUGGAGUGCACGCACUAUCACGCUGGCAUGCCAGACCGAGCUGAGCGGCUGGAGCAGUGGCUCAAAAACGGUGGGCUUGUAAUUGCUACGUCAGCGCUGGGCACAGGCGUCGACUUCCCAGGGAUUGUGUUCAUACUGCACGUGGGGAUGCCGUGGAGCAUGAUUGAUUACGUUCAGGAGAGCGGGCGUGGAGGACGAGCAGGCAAGAGGGUAGACUCGGUGGUGCUGCUUGAGCCGGACGAGGUGGAGCAGACGAUGCAGCAGAAGAGCACCGACGUAGACGUGCAGGCAAUGGGCAACUUCUUGAUUGGCAGUGGGUGUCGACGAAGGCUGAUGAGCACCUACAUGGACAUCAAAGCGAUGGGUUGUGAUGACAUUGUAAGUGCAGGCUGCGACUGGUGUGGCGAGGGGGCUCGUGGGUGGCAAGACGCACAGCAGGAGACAAGCGCGGAAUGGGAGCAGGUGGAGAAACUGUUCAGCGAGCUGCGGGAUGGGUGUGUGUCUUGCUGCAUGCUGGAUGACGCUGGCAGAGAUGAGUGGCGGCGACACAAGACGCUGAAGUGUACCGCACACCCAGGGGUGAUGGGCGUAGAGUUGGACAGGUUUCGAGUGUGGAUCAGAGACCAAGGCGGCAGUCAUAGCUGCCGAUGGUGCUGGGUCAGUCAAAAGUACUGCGCAACGAGGGAGAGUGUGGAGAAUCGGUGUCAGUGGCCGAAUGUGGUGGUACUCAAGUGCCAAAAACUGGGUUUGGGUUAG